AUGCUGAUGGCUCUCAUGGGCGCUAUAAUGUUCUUCCAUAAGUCGCCGCGCUGGCUUGUGAAGAUGGGUCGAAAGGCUGAAGGCCGUUAUGUGCUAGCUCGACUCCCAGGCGACACAGGUAUAUACAAAAAGAAAGCAGAGACCGAGUUCCAAAAGAUUGUGUUAUCUUGCGAGCUCGAGCGUUCAGACUUCCGUAAGCAAGGUUACUUCGAUAUGCUAUUCGGUAUUGAUUCAGGCAAGCUACAAACCGACAGGCGCGUCCAGCUAGUCAUCUGGAUCCAAAUUAUGCAAAAACGGGUUGGCAUUGCUGCAAUUCCUGUCUUUGCUCCUACAAUCUUCGGCAUUUCUGGCAUCAGCCCUGCAAAGCGACAAUGA